CAGCAAGUUCGGUGGAGUUGUUUGUAAGUUGAUGUCUGUCCAGAAGAAACUCCUUCAGAAACUCCUCCGUCUGAAAAAAUGAGCGAUCGACAGCAGCAGAAUGAAAUGGCCGCGUUGGUGGAAAACGACGGAGACUUCCGUAAAAAGCGAAACUCCAACGCAGAGCGAGAAGCCCAGCCACCGUCACCUUUAGCCUUAUUGGCGGCGACUUGCAGUCGAAUGGAUGAGAACGACGCAGCAGAUCAACAGAACCUGCUUCAAGACCAUCGGACGGAGUUACACCAGAGCCAGGCAUCGCACACCACUAACGGCUGGCAGAUCAUUCCUUUGAGUGCACAGACAGCUGCCGGCUCCGGGAAUAUCAUCUCUCAGAAGUCAGGCUCAGUGGCAGAGGACAAAAGCCGGCACACGGUGAGCACCGGAGCGGGUGCGCCACCACAGCAGCAGUUCAUAGUAGCGUCUGCGCCGAGCAUACAAGGUCAACAGGUGCUGACCACAAUCUCUGGAAUGAUGCCUAACAUCCAGUAUCAAGUCAUUCCUCAGUUUCAGACUGUGGACGGACAGCAGCUCCAGUUUGCUCAGACGUCCCAGGAUGCCUCCGCUGCAGGACAAGGGCAGAUUCAGCUUGUCUCCUCACCCAACGGUGGCCAGCAACUCAUUGCAGCUCCCUCCAGCCAAAGUACAGGAGCUGCCAACAUCCUAACUGUUCCUGGUCUUCUUCAGCAGGCAAUUCCUCUUCAAAACCUGGCUCUGGGCAACACCAUGCUGCCCAGUCAGACACAGUUUCUUGCCAAUAUGCCUGUGUCGUUAAAUGGUAGCAUCACCCUUCUUCCUGUGAGCGCAGGUGCAGCUGCUGGAGUCAAAAGUGACGAUGUUACAAGUGGUACAUCAGGUGUCAGUCAGCAGCUGGUCCAAGCCCAGCAGGCAGUGGCCUCUCCAGCCACCGCUGAAUAUCACAGCAGCUCCACCACAUCCACUACGCAAGUCAUGACCUCGUGUAGCGGCGGAGUAUCGUCCCAGAGCAACACCGUGACGGGAGCCACCUUUCAGACCACAGCUGCAGGAAUUUCAGUACAGUCUGAAAACAGAGACGGUAAGCAGCCCCAGCAGCAGCCUCAGGUCCUCAUCCAGCCUCAGCAGAUCUUUCAGGGAGCUCCUGCUCUUCAAGCCAUUCAGUCAGGCGGUGGUCAGGUGUUUGCAGCACACACACUUUCUCAAGAGGGUUUGCAGAAUUUGCAGAUCCAGACCAUCCCAAAUAACAGCACCAUUCUGCUGCGCACCGUCAGCCCUAACGGUCAGGUCAGCUGGCAGCCGGUUCAGCUGCAAAGCCCUGCAGGUGCUCAGAUCACUCUGGCUCCGGUUCCUUCACUUCCACAGCUGGCUCAGACCGGUACAGCCACCACGGUGCAGCUGCCAGGCCUUCAGACCAUCAACCUGGGCAACGCUGGACUACAGAUGCAUCAACUACAGGGAGUUCCCAUCGCCAUGGCCAACACUGCAGGUGAGCAGGGCGGCGCCGGGGCAGAGAGUCUGGAGGACUGCACGGUUCUGGAUCAGAGUCUGGAAACGAGCCCGACUCAGCCGAGCCGGCGCACACGAAGGGAAGCCUGCACCUGCCCGUACUGCAAAGACGGAGAGGGACGCAGUGACCCCAACAAAAAGAAGCAGCACAUCUGUCACAUCUCCGGCUGUGGAAAAGUCUACGGGAAGACCUCUCAUCUACGAGCACACUUACGCUGGCACACGGGCGAGAGGCCCUUCGUCUGCAACUGGUCCUUCUGCGGGAAGCGCUUCACUCGCUCUGAUGAACUACAGAGACACAAGAGAACGCACACAGGAGAAAAGAAGUUCUCGUGCCCUGAGUGUCCUAAACGCUUCAUGCGAAGUGACCAUCUCUCCAAACACGUCAAGACACACACGGGUAAGAAAGGUACUGCAGGUGGAGCCGCGGCACCCUCUGGUGACGUCGCCGAACACAAUCCUGUCAGUACAGUGAGAGCGGAUCAGCAAGCCCUCAUCACCAUGGAGACUCUGUCGCCAGAAGGCAUCGCGCGCUUGGCCAGCAGUGGCAUUAAUGUAAUGCAAGUAGGAGAUCUGCAGCCCAUUAACUUAAACACCAAUGGCUUUUAAAGAGGCACCAGACGCUUAAGCAGGAAUGUAAAACGAAUAGGCUGGAAAUUCAGCCUGAACUUUUCUUCUAAGUGUCAGAAUGAGGCGCAGCUCGCAUCUGCCGUUGUUACAUGCACUCUUAGUGCUUUUACUUUACUGUUUUCUUUUUUCUUCUUUUUUUUUCUUUUUUUUUCCUCCUUUUGAAAUAUCCAUUUUCUGUAAGUCUAAAUUGGAGCUGCUCUGCUCGGUCGUGCUGUGGACAUGGUGUGGAGGUGGUGUCGAUAAGGUUGGGUCCAGCUUGGCUCCAGUCCCCUGCUCUGCUGUAGAUGCUGGAGCGCCAUGUAUACAAGAUGUGAUCUUGUCAAAUAAAUUUUGGUGUAAAUUCAGUACAUUCAAGCCAUCAUGCUUUGAUACGUCUGUCAUAGCGAAUAAUUUAAAUGACAGCCUUGCUUUGUUUUUGUACAUAAAUUAUAUUUUUCUAAACAUGAAAACUAUGCGAAUUGAGAUUGCCUUUGUUUUUGUCUGUUAUCUUAAAAUAUUUUAUAUUAAAAAAAGUUCAUUAACUUGUGCAAGAGGAAGUUGUUUUAGACCUGUGUGCAUCCUGAACUGCGCAGUUACACCAUCACGCUCUUCCAUUAAUUAGGAUUUUAUGGCUAAAUAACUUUUACACCAAAGUUCUGCACUCAUCAUUAGACGCCAGAUGUUUGUGUGUUUCAGUUAAAAGCUGGAGAUGUUCAGGGUUCAGGGUAAAUCAGUCUCUGUCUGAGAGUCUUUUUCUGGCAUUGUUAGAUUUAAUAAGUAGGUGCUAAUAAAGGGAAAUUCUCUGAUAAACAGCAUUUAUACUGAAUGGAAUAUAAACUGCACUUGAAUUUAAAAAAC